UUAAACGCGUGUGUGUGCGUGUGUGUGUGUGUGUGUGUGUCAGCGACAGAUAAAGUACAGAGCAGACUUCUGUGUCAGAUCACAGCUUCUUGCCUUGUAGAAUAGACCGGUUUCACCUGGUGGAUCAAACCCAGAUAUGGGGCUUUGCGUCUGGGCUGGAGCUCAGAGUCUCCUGCUCAUCCUGGUUCUUCUGACUGCCCGCCAUGUCAAAGCAGAUGAGCCUCAACCGAGGGAGAGACACUAUUACAUCGCUGCUGUCGAGAUAGACUGGAACUACUCUGGCAAUGACAUACAAAGGCCUGGUCCCACCUAUAAGAAAGUGGUCUUUCGGGAGUAUGAGAAAGGCUUCAGACAGGCUAAGACUCAUCCCUCCUGGUUAGGUCUACUCGGACCCACGCUGAGGGCUGAGCAGGGGGAGACGAUUGUCGUCACUUUCAGAAACAUGGCGAACGGACCGUAUAGCAUCCACCCACAUGGGAUCGCUUACGGGAAACAGUCAGAGGGAGCCAACUACUUCGACAACACAUCGCAGAAAGAGAAAGAGGAUGAUGUUGUGCAGCCUAACAGUGAACAUGUUUACUACUGGGAGGUGACAGAAGAUGUAUCUCCACAGCCUGAUGACCCGAAUUGCCUCACCUACACCUAUGUCUCCCACCAAAAUGUGGUUGAGGACUACAACUCAGGCCUCAUCGGUACUUUGCUCAUCUGCAAGGAUGGCACUCUGGAUGAGUCAGGGAAGCAGGCUGACUUCCACCAGGAGUUAGUGUUCCUCUUUGGGGUUUUUGACGAAAAAGAGAGCAAAUAUACACCAAAGGACCAUGACAUAGAGAACCAUGUAAAGUACACCAUUAACGGAUACACAAAGGGAUCACUACCUGAUGUCAGUGUGUGUGCUCAUUCCUCUGUGAGCCUGCAUCUAGUGGGUAUGAGCUCAGAGCCUGAGGUGUUCUCAGUGCAUAUGAAUGGGCAGGUGCUGCAGCAGAUGGGGCAUAAAAUUUCAUCAGUGGGUCUGAUCAGUGGUUCCUCCACCACUGCCAGCAUGGUAGCUCUCCACGCAGGCCGCUGGCUGUUGUCCUCACACAUCACCAAGCACAUAGAAGCUGGCAUGCAUGGCUUCGUGGAUGUGAAGAAGUGUGAUGCCUUCACAGCACCCCGGCGAACGAUGACGAUUGCGCAACAACGUGAAAGCAGGGUGUGGACAUACUACAUAGCUGCUCAGGAAAUUCUUUGGGACUAUGCACCCAACACGCAUGAACACAUAGACGAGGACUACAAGCUCCUUUACCUGAAACAGUCAUCAAGACGCAUAGGUGGGAAGUACAAGAAAGCAGUGUACAGACUGUACAAAAACGAGUCAUUCACUGAAUUGUCAGAGACUAAGCAAAGGAGACAUGAGCUUGGUAUCUUGGGUCCAGUGAUCAGAGCGCAAAUCAGAGAUGUUAUCAAGGUUGUUUUUAAGAACAUGGCCUCCAGGCCCUACAGCAUCUAUCCACAUGGAAUGACAAUAGAAAAGUCAGAGGAGGGGGCCAGCUACCCAGCAGGAGGCAAUCAAUCCCAUAGUGUUAAACCAGGUGAGACAUACACGUAUGUGUGGAGAGUGGUUGAGGAGGAUGAGCCUUUGGAUGGGGAUUCCCGAUGUCUCACGCGAAUGUAUCACAGUGCAGUGGACACAGCGCGUGACAUCGCCUCAGGACUGAUUGGACCAAUCCUCAUCUGCAAGAGUCAGUCUCUCAAUGUCAGGAAUGUGCAGCUGAAAGCAGACAAGGAGCAGCAUGCCAUGUUUGCUGUGUUCGAUGAAAACAAGAGCUGGUACCUGGAUGACAACAUUCGGCAGUUUUGUGAUCAAUCCAAAAUCAACAAGGCAGACCCUGACUUUUACAAGUACAAUGUCAUGCACACAAUAAACGGUUAUGCGUUUGAGAGUGGCCCGCGCCUGGGCUUCUGCAAUGGUGAGGUUGCAACAUGGCAUGUGUCCAGCAUUGGAGCACAGGACUACAUCCAGACAUCUACAUUCUAUGGCCACACAUUUGACCUGAAUGGGCGGACAGAAGACUUUCUCAGCCUCUACCCCAUGACUGGAGAGACCAUCACAAUGUACAUGGACAACAUUGGUGUCUGGCUCCUGGCUUCCCUGAAUUCCCACGAGACGACCAAAGGAAUGCGCUUAAAGUUUCAGGAUGUUGAGUGCUUUCGUGACUAUGAAUAUGAGUACAGUGACUAUGAAAGAUCAAGCUCAGCAGUACACAAAGAAUUCACUGUGUGGGAUGCUCCAAGCUUGGAUGAUAUCAAGAAGGAAGAGGAGAAGCCGGCACCCAUGAUAACAGCAGCGGUGGCGGAUCAUGACACGUAUGCGUAUGCAGACGAAUUAGGUCUCAGGACUCUGAAGAACCAGUCUAGCAGCUCAGGUGUGGAGCUGCUGGACCUGUCUUUCCUGGACUAUGAUUUUGUUGAUGAGCUUGACGGAGAUACGAAUAUCACCCUUAAUUUCACCAAGAAUACAACAUCAUUCUUUGACAAUUCUUUUGUGUCUAAAUUAGAGAACACAACCAAUUAUAGCCCUGAUGUAUUACUAAAGAAUAACAAUAUAACUGUUGUUUCAAAUCUUGAUAAUGUCAAAGCAUCUGAGACAGAGAACACCACACUUCACAAUGAUAAGGCACCAUUAAUGGUUGGAAAUGUAUCCACAGAGACGACCAAUCUUAAUGUAACAUUACCAGGAAAUUUAACUUCCAUCUUGGGUGGUGAUAACCAGACUUCGGUGGGCACGAACUCAGUGGAAGAAUUUGAGGAGAGACUCAACAGAGGAGAUGUGUUCUCCUACUCUGUACCUCUAUCACCCUCCAGCACUGACAAUCUCAACAAUACAACAGAGGAAUAUGUCGCUUCUCUGUCAAGCAGUACAAAAAAGGAAGAUGUGAAUGACACAGCAGCAAACCAUCUUAACAUGUCAGCAGAUGGAAAAAAACAAUCAAUGAAGAUUCCAAUGGCUGAAGAGGUGAACAUCAGCAGCUUAGACAGAAGCAAUUCGACAGGUAACACAACCAGUGUCAAUGACACACUGAUCACCACAACAGAGGUGAACUAUGGACAUCAAAUGAAUUCCUCUGAAAUUGUGAAUUCCAGCCUUGAAAAUGUGACACAUAUUUUGCAUAAAACUGUGCACUCACAAAAUGUCCCAAUGAAUAUAUCCAAAUCAAGUUCUGAGAGUUGGGAGAAUGUCACUGCUCUUCUUGACCGCAUAUCCUCUGAAGAAAGUUUCUCCAAUGAGACUAUGGUUUCAGGUAACCUGUCGCUCUCCGGUCAUCCAGUUAACGAAAGCAGCUCUGAGGAGCUAAGUGCCUCAGACAGCAGUGAAGAAGUGUUUAUCUACCUUAAAGAAAACAAUACAGAGGUGAUUAAAACCACCUCCCUCAAAAAACAGGGCCACAACUGGACUUAUGAGAUAACUCACCAAACGGUACCGAUGGAGAUCCCUGACCACAUCUUAAAGUACUUAGGGAAGGAGGCCCCAGCGCCUGAAGGACCUAAGGUUAGGAAGGUGAACCAACGACACAGGCCCCAGAAGGGCCAAGGCAUGAAAACAAGGAAGAGGAAGGAAUACAAGCCUCAGGCCAGGAGUGGUUUACCAUUCUCUCCUCGUGGAUUAAAUCCAGGCAUGACCCCACGUGGGACACGACCCAAUUCACCGCAACCUGUCACUGAUGAGGAGGAGCUCAUUAACAUGCCCGUGGUCAUCGGUGUGCCCCGGCCUGAUUUCAGUGACUAUGAGCUGUAUGUUCCUGGCGCUGAGCCAGAUCAUCUAGAUGUGGAUGAGCAACAUGUGAGAGCAAAUGAAUAUGAGUAUGUGAGCUACAAAGACCCCUACAGCAGUCAUGAAGACAUCAAGAAUCUCAGUCUGGAUGACACCACCAAAUACUACUUGGACUUCCACUCAGGCCCCGAUGUCAAGAUUUACUUUAUCUCUGCAGAGGAGGUUGAGUGGGACUACGCUGGCUACGGACAGAGGAGGCAAGACAAGUCAGAACCAAACAGCAGAAAAACCAAGUUCACCAAGGCGGUUUUCCGAAGUUACAUGGAUGGUCACUUCAGAACACCUGAUAUCCGAGGUGAGAUGGAUGAGCAUCUAGGCAUCCUGGGGCCUGUCAUCAAGGCAGAAGUUGGGCAAACCAUCAUGGUGGUGUUCAGGAACAAUGCCAACCGUCCGUACUCCUUACAUCCAAAUGGGGUUUCCUAUACCAAGCUGACAGAAGGUCUGUCCUAUGAGGAUGACUCCAAGCAUUGGUACAAAUAUGACAAUGAGAUUCAACCUAAUACCACCUUCACAUAUAUCUGGAAGGUCCAUUCAGUGGUUGGGCCAAUGUCAGAUGAGUCUGACUGUCGGACCUGGGCCUACUAUUCAGGUGUUAAUCCCGAAAGGGAUAUCCACUCAGGCUUGAUUGGUCCUUUACUGGUGUGUCGAGAGGGCACUUUGGACAAGGAGUUGCCUGACACGAGAGAGUUCACACUGCUUUUCAUGACCUUUGAUGAGUCGCAGAGCUGGUACUACGAGACGAACCGUGAGAUGAUCCAGAGGAAAAGCAGAUGGAGAGUUUCGAACUCCAACUUAAAGGAGAACCUCAAGUUCCAUUCCAUCAAUGGCAUUAUACAUAACCUAAAGGGCCUGAGGAUGUACACUAAACAACUUGUGUCCUGGCACCUGAUCAACAUGGGUUCUCCCAGAGACUUUCAGAGUGUCCACUUCCACGGACAGACGUUCCUCCACAAGAAGUCCACCAGCUACAGACAUGCCGUCUAUCCACUGCUGCCUGGAAGCUUUGCUACUCUUGAGAUGUAUCCGUCCAAGCCUGGGCUGUGGCAGCUGGAGACAGAAGUUGGUUUCAACCAACAGAAGGGCAUGCAGACCCUCUUCCUGGUUGUAGAUGAUGAGUGCUACCGCCCACUGGGUCUACAAUCAGGCAGUGUGAAAGACGACCAGAUCACAGCAAUCAACACUAGAGGAUUCUGGGAGCCCCACCUUGCCAGAUUGCACAGUCAAGGUAAAUACAACGCAUGGAGCACAGAGCAGAACGACAGUUGGAUUCAGGUGGACUUUCAGCGGCCAGUUGUGAUCAGUCAGGUGGCCACCCAGGGAGCCAAGCAGCUAUUCUAUUCCCAGUAUGUGGUCAAUUACCAUAUCUCCUACAGCAACGACCGCCGGAAAUGGAUCUUCUACAAGGGCAACAGCAGGCACCCCAGGAAGGUGUUUGAUGGGAACCAGGAAGCCUAUGAGACAAGGAGAAACACCUUCUUUCCUCCUGUGAUUGCACGGUUUAUUAGGCUCCACCCACUCAACUGGUACAGUGCGGCCACAGUCCGCAUGGAGUUCUACGGCUGUGAGCUCGAUGGUUGCUCAGUGCCUCUGGGGAUGGAGGGCAGACUGAUAGAAGACAAACGCAUCACUGCCAGCUCCACAGCCACCAGCUGGUAUUCGGGACCCUGGAAACCCUCCCUUGCACGCCUCAAUAAACAAGGCACUAUCAACGCAUGGCAAGCUAAGUAUAAUGACAUGAACCAGUGGCUUCAGGUGGAGUUGCCCCAAAUAAAAAAGAUCACAGGUAUCGUAACACAGGGAGCCAAGUCUCUGGGGAGAGAGAUGUAUGUCAUCUCCUACACUCUGGAGUACAGCAAUGAUGGGACACACUGGAACAAGUACACAGAUGAUGAGUGCAUUGAAUCCAAGACAUUCAUUGGGAAUACAGACAACAACGAGCAUGUGAAGAACUACAUCUACCCUCCCAUUUUCUCUCGUUUCAUCCGAAUCAUCCCUAAAAGCUGGAUGGGCUCCAUCACCAUGAGAAUAGAGCUACUAGGCUGUGACUUUGAGUGAUACAAACACACAUACAAACCAGGGCAG